CCAUCGACUUCCUGGUACUGACAACUACCACUCGGCUCGCGCGCGGGACGCCGGUGGACUUUGAUGCAUACUGUUGGAUACAAAUAGCGAAGUUGGACAGACCCACAACUAAAUUAUUGACGGGGCCACGAGGCUUCUGCGAUAAUGGCAGACUUGGGAAUAUCAUUAGUGUUAUUAGCAGCAAUAGUGUUUCUCUGUGAAGCAUGCCGCCGCACCACUGCGCAACUUUUUGGGAACAAAUACGGCCUUUACAUAACAGAGAUAAUCUCUACGUUUCAACUGUGUGCUUGCACACAGGAGCUCAAACUGCUGGGCGAGGCGGGUCAGAUCGAACCGUACAUUGGUUUGACCAUAACUUACGUAAUCACGGUAGUUCACAUAACAACUUUUCAAGGAGCGCUCUGCAACCCCUACGGUGCAUUUGAGCGCGUUUACCGCAGAGAAGUCACCUAUGCGAGCGCAGUGUGUUUGAUAGCAUGCCAAAUCAUCGCGGCGAUAGCGGCGCAGUUUUUGGCUCCCUACAUCUGGACGUUGGGACUGUCCGAUCUACACGUCAGUCAUGGAAGAUUCGGAUUUAAAUGUUUCAGCCCCCUCGGUGGCACCUUGAUAGAGGCAGCGGCUGUGGAGCUGGCUUGCACCUUCUCCGUCCAAGCCGCAGUCAUACACAUUCAUAAAGUGGAGGAAAAACUCCAAGUCCAUGCCAUUGCCGCCAUCAUCACAUUUCUGGUUUAUGCAGGUGGUAGUAUUUCAGGAGCGGUGUUCAACCCAGUCCUGGCCUUGUCCAUCCAGUUUCCUUGCAGUGGAAACACCUUCCUGGAGUAUUGCUUUGUCUACUGGCUGGGUCCAUUGUUGGGUAUGACAAGCUGCAUCCUACUAUUUGAGAAAAUUGUUCCUUUCCUUUCCGGUAAGAGCACUGUUGGACUGGAGUUCCCUGUUGCCCAGAAGAAGAAUCAGUUCUUUUUAAACAUGAACGAUGAGGGCCAAGUGGGACAGAAGGCCAGCUUCUGACCUCUGACCUCCCUCAACUCACACAGUUCACAUACAUGGCUAACUCGAAUAAGAAAACUACUGCUGUAAUCCUGUUUGUUUUUGUCAACACAAAGCACAAUUUAAAAGCUUGUAUUUGUCCAGCUAGGUUUGACAAUUUGUGUGCUAUGAAAUGGUUGUCAGCCGUUGGUUGCCUGUAGUGAUCAAGGAGGUCUAACUGGAGGCUGGUGUGUUGCAUGGAUACUAGGAAUGUUCACAUUGUUCCUGUGUCCAAGCGCACAAGGUUUAAAGGGUGAUAAAACAGAAAGACGUUUGAUUAACUGUGCCUUAAAGGUCAGCUUCUCGUCCUGACAAAGAGCCAAGUCUGGACGUAGUGUUAUAAUUACCUCACUGGAGUACAAAUGAAUCCUUUUGUCUUUUCUAUAUAGAACUGAUUUUGUUUUCUAGUGUUUUGAACAAUUUAAAAGUAAUAUGGACUUUCAAAUGUGAAGGUACUGUAGAAAAAAUAUUUAUAGCUCAUUUAAGAUUUUGUUAAUGUUUGCCAGGGACGAAAUGUGUUUUACUGAAACAAAUGUUAAUAAAAAUGAUAUGCAUUCCACUUAAGUAACCUUUGAUCAAUUCAUCUUAUGUUCCGGGUAAUUGAUGUUUCUGUUGAAAUGUACAAUUUAGCAAUUUAUAUAGUAUGAAAAAAAUCAAAUAAAAGCAUGUUUCAAAGU